AUGACCCGGAUUAAGAUUCGUUUGGUUGGAGGACCGGAAGACCAUUUAUUCAAACCGAUUGAAGUGGAUAAUCAGAUUCUAUACACUGACCUGAAAAAGAAGAUUGAAUCUCUCAUAUGUAUUCCAAAGGAUUUUCAACAACUCCAAUUCCGCGGUGAGGAUCUUCCCGUUGUUCUGCGUCCUAUUCAAACAAUUCGAUUUGGCGAAGAACUCGUUGUGAAACAUGCGCUUCUGGGUACGUGGAGUGCAUAUCUGGAGUAUUGCAAAAGUGCCAGUGAUACGAAGAAUCCACGGCUCGCGCGAACCAAGUUUGCACAUCAAGCAAUUGCAUGUUCAAAAGCGCUGCAGAAUUCCGGAUUCUUCGUAGCUUAUGUCGCUUUUUUUGCACAGUGGAGUGAUACUAUGGGCCAAAUGCUGAGAUUUGAUCAGCAUGAUCUCAAACAAAGCGCUACAACAUUUUUCUCCAAGAUGCAUCCCAAUUGUAAAAUCGACUUUAAGGAGAAAGAAGCAACCAAAGAAGUCAAAAACUUCAAGGAGCUGCACAACAUUGAGGAUUUUAGUCUGCAAAAGAAAGUAGUUGUUGAGACUUAUCUGCUCUCCCUAAUCCUUGGAAUACGCGACUUGAAUGAAGAAAACAUUGGUUCGACCGAAGAGAAAGCCCUAUCUAUCGUUGAUUUUUACGUUCCGGCUGCUGCCAACUUUCUACACCGCAGAAUAGUCGACGAUUUUAAGUGCAAAAAUUUGUUCGGUGGAACAUUUGGUGGAAUGGGAAAAGCCGACGAAAUUCUAACCGAAAUUGCACACGAUGAGAGGAUGAAAAUCGCCAAGGAUGCGCUGCCCCAUUGGAAUCGCAUCACUACUAUGACAAGCGACAUCAUUGGCAUGGAGGAAAGCGAAUUGCGAGAACAUGGAAUCAAGUUCUGGACUUCCGCAAGUGACGUCGAGGAUUAUCUCCAGGAUAUCAAAUCGAAUUAUGCCUCCAUAUGUUCAGCUUUUCAA